AUGUCGGCCCGCGUGCCCCCUUCCACUCUUGGCAGUCUGCUGUUGGCCGUGCUGCAGGGGGGGGAGGAGGAGAGGGACCGGAGCGGCUGGGGGGGGGCUGCCGUGGUCUGUCCGGGCUGGGAGGAGGGCGGAGAGGGCGUCCUGUCCCACCUCCAGAUGCACAGCGGCACCAACUGGAACCUGUGGGACAUCAUCGACCUCACCCACAUCACGGGGGACGGGGAGAGGCACGGCGAGGCCAGCGAGGAGACCCGGGAGGACCAGAGGGAGGAGGAAGCACUCAGGAUACUUUCAAGUCGCUUCCUCCGCUCCCAGUCUCCCAUCUCGUCUGUCCUGCUGCUGGGAUCGGAUCCUGAGUGUCUGUCGUCUGUUUUACGCGCCGCCCAACGCCUUUCGCCCACUCUGCCCGCGCUGCAAUGGAUCAUGGGAUACCCGAUGUCUCCAGAUGCUCUCCACACUUUGGGCGGACCGCUCGGGCUCCUGGCUUAUGGAGAAGUGGGACGUAAGCCUUUGAGUUUCUACAUAAGGGACGCGUUGCACUUGGUGAGUCGGGCUGUUACCGCGGCGGCGCUGGUAAGGCCGGACCUGGCGCUGGUGCAGAGUAUGGUGAGCUGCUACGACAAGCUGAGCCGGCCGGACCGACCCUCUUCAGGACCUUAUUUGGCCAGGUUUCUGUCCAACACAUCCUUCACUGGAGCCACAGGUCUGAUCCAGGUGGAGCCCGACCACUCGCGGGUGCUCUCCUCACAGCUCUUCCACGUCUGGAGCCUGAAGAGGGGCGCUCUUGGGCAACCGGCCUGGGUCACCGUAGGACAGUGGACUCGAGGCACUCUGGAGCUUGAGAACGGCAUUCUGGGAUUAGUGGGAGGGUUUGGAAACAGCCAGGGCCAGGGCCUGGGGGCGGGGGUGAGAGGCGGAGAGGGGCAGAGCGAAGGGGUUGUUUUUGCGAGGUGGAGACCUGGUCUGCCUGUGGAGGGCCACCGCCUGAGGGUGGUGACGCUGGUGGAGCACCCCUUCGUGUUUACGCGGGAGGUGGACGAGGACGGCCAGUGUCCCGCGGGGCAGAUGUGUCUGGACCCCAGGACCAACCGCACUGAUGUCAUCAACAACCUGUUCAACCAGCUGCACAACCCUAACGCCACGGCAGCGGACUGGGACGGGCCUGCUCCAAGUCAGGUCCGCAGUAAAGACACGGCGGCUCCCAUAGGUGCUUUCAUGUGGCCCCUGCACUGGUCCAUGUGGGUGGGCAUCUUCGUCACGCUGCACCUGACCGCGCUCUUCCUCACGCUGUACGAGUGGAACAGCCCGUUUGGUAUGACUCCCCACGGCAGGAACAGGCUGCGCGUCUUCUCCUACUCCUCCGCCCUCAACCUCUGCUACGCCAUACUGUUUGGGCGGACGGUGGCCACCAAGACUCCAAAAUGCUGGACCGGCCGAUUCCUCAUGAACCUAUGGGCCAUCUUCUGCUUACUGGUGCUGUCCAGCUACACUGCCAACCUCGCUGCCGUCAUGGUGGGGGAGAAAACCUUCGAACAAGUCUCUGGUAUCCACGAUGACAAGUUACAACACCCCUCCCUGGGCUUCCGCUUCGGGACAGUGCGAGAGAGCAGCGCUGAGGACUACAUGAAAAAGAGCUUCCCCGAAAUGCAUGACUACAUGAGGCGCUUCAACCAGCCCACCACCCCCGAGGGCGUGCAUAUGUUAAAGACAGAUCCCCCUCUGCUGGAUGCGUUCAUCAUGGACAAGGCUCUCCUGGACUACGAGGUGUCCAUCGACGCAGACUGUAAACUGCUGACUGUGGGAAAACCCUUUGCUAUUGAAGGCUACGGCAUCGGUGUUCCCCAAGGCUCCCCUCUUACCCGCAACGUGUCGGAGUUCGUGAGCCGCUACAAGUCGGACGGCUUCAUGGACAUGCUCCACGACAAAUGGUAUAAGGUCGUGCCCUGUGGAAAGAGAGUGUUUGCUGUAACGGAGACCCUGCAGAUGGGCAUUCAGCACUUCUCGGGCCUGUUCGUGCUGCUGUGUAUGGGCGUGGGCGGGGCCUUGCUGACCUUGGCGGGGGAACACACCUUCUAUCACCUGAUCCUUCCUCGUCUGCGGCGGGCCAACACGCUGCAGUACUGGCUGCACACGAGCCAGAAAAUCCACCGGGCGCUGCACACCACAUAUGAGGACGUGGGGAAAGAGCUAACAGGCUUUGAGGAAAAACCCUCUUCUUGCAUCUCUGAGAACUGCACGUUGCAUCGGAAGCAGCACCACCAGGCCCCGCCCCCUUCUCCCCCGACGUCACUUCCUGCUUCGCUCACAGGGAUCGACACAGGCGCCUCCUCCUCGCCGUCCCAGGACCACAAGGAGAAGCGCGUUCACUUUGACCUGGAAACACUGCACAGCUACCGCCUUCGCACACACACGGCCUCGGUCCGUGGGCGCCCGGGCAUGGUGGGGCGUCCCGGGCUGGGCUUGGGCAUGGGUGGCCUUGGCUUGGGGAGCUUGACUGGAUUUGGAUCGCCUGGUCACAUGAGCCUUCACGUUAACGGAGGACCUCCAUCGGUUUUGGCGUCCACUGGUUUGGUCCUGUCCCCACUGGGAAGUAGGCCAGGCCAGACCAGUCUAUGGGAAGGGGAGCUCCAGGAAUUGCAAGGGAAAAUUGAAACUUACCGAACCCAAUUACGGGAAGCUUUGGCACGCAGAGCGGAGAUCCAGAGCAGCAUUGAACGAGAAAGGAGUGGAUUUGUGCGACGGGAUACGAGUUUGGAAAGACAGAGGAUACAAACUAUAAACACGGACAGGAGUAGCUCAGUCCAGCCUAAGAUUCCUGAACGGGACAGGACGAGCCAACUCCAGACUUUGAACAAUCAGCAGGUGGGAAGAGCUAACCAAUCAGGAGCGAGUUUAGACUUGAAUAACAGUUUGGAAAGAGGGCGGUCCAUUGAGACACGAUCAUUCAAUUUGCUCACAGGAGAGAGGACUGUCCAAUCGCGCAAUUCCGCCAGUUUGGAAAGGAACCGCGGAAAUCAACAGGGAACAGUCCAAUCACGAAACACUUCCAGCCUGGACAGGCAGAAGGUCAACCUUACACGGGCUCUGGACACUAAUCCAGCCACUGUGAACCGGACCUGA